AUGCCUUCCAUCCUCACAUCCGCCCUCUUCCUCCUCUUCCUCUCCUCCCACCUCGCCACCGUCCACGCCGGCAACUCCAAAUUCUACCUCGACCAGCAAGACUGCGCCGGCGGCGCCUACCUCGACUUCGACAUCCACGAAGUCCACAAAUGCUACGGCCUCACCUCCGGCACCGCCGCAUCCUUCUACACCGACAAGGUCAACGAGCUGGACUACGUCAAGGUCUACAGAAAGGACAAAUCGAACAACUGCGGCAAGGAAGAGUGCAGCGUCAAGCAGGCUCACUCGUGCUGCUCGUCCAAGAAGACGCGGAUCACGGGAGUGCAGCAGGUGCGCUUCAUUGAGCCUUGUUCGCCUUUGCCGCACUGUAAGAGGCAAGCAGAGCUUAUGCAGCGGGCUACUGGCCAGAACUGUACGAGCGUUGAUGAGAUCGGUGAGCCCUUUAUUGUGCUUGGCGAUGGCACGCAUUUCGGCCUCGGUGUUGGAAAGCUGGGAAAGCUCAGCGCAGAUGAGCUUCAGGACCAUCUUGAGGCCAAUGGAAAGGAAAGGCUUUCGGCAGAGCAUAUUGCGAACCUGAUUCAGCUCAAGGUCAUCAGGUUUCUUAUUUAA